UCCGGCCUUAAACUACGAACCAAGCCACUUCUUCACGUGUGAAGGCGUAGCUUUUAUUUGUUUCACAGAAAUGACAUACACUUAAAAGCAUUAGUUCUUGAUAAUUUUAAAAUGGGCGUGUAUCUUUCUUCGCCAAUUACUGAUAAACAUUCAGUUGAUGAAACUUGUAAUGGAUUUGUAUACGGUGCGUCAUCCAUGCAAGGAUGGAGGGUAACUCAAGAGGAUGCCCAUAAUUGCAUACCGGUGUUUGAUGAAGAAUCAAAGACUUCAUUUUUUGCAGUAUAUGAUGGACAUGGAGGGUCAGAGGUUGCACAGUAUUGUGAAAGUCACUUUCCCAAGUUUAUUAAAAAGAUGAUGGAACAACAAGGUGGGAUAGGCAAUGAUCCAACCACAUUUAUUCAGAAUGCUUUUUUGGACUUUGAUGCAUCAUUGACUACUCAUGAUGUUGCUCAAGAGCUGAGAGAUAUUGCUGGAUACAAUGAAAUGGAUUUUCAUGAUGAAGAAAUACCUGUAGGAAGAACAGAAACUGACUUGUUGAAAGAAGAAGCCAACAUUCCUUUAGAUCAACUUUUGGCUCAGUAUAAAAGUAAUGCAAAUGAUACCACCAAAGACAAUCAAAAUACAAAUAACUCACAGAGCCCGGCUUUGGCAGCAAAAGCUGGCUCAUCUUCAUGCAAUGGAGAAGAUAUGUUUAAAAAUAGCCCGCAGUCUUGUUCAUCAUCUUCAAAUCAAGAAAGCGCAGAAUCUUCAUUAGAAUCUAAUGGUACACAUGAUCUUAACUCAAAUAACACUGUCCAGAGUGAGAGUCCACUUGAGCUUAGUGAUAAAGUCAAUUCAAAUUCCCCAGAUGGCGAUUGCAAAUCUGUUACUGAAAAUAAAACAGACAAUGCUAAGAACUGUGGAUCUCAACAUCUUAUAAAAAAUAAACAAACAAAUUUGGAUGACAAUGAGUGUGUAUCCUCCUCAUCACAAGUUGAAAGCACUUCUGUUGCUGGCAAAACAACAGAAAAUGCUGUUGAAAGCUCUUCUCUUGCUGAAGACAGUUCUUCCACAAGUGUUGUUGGGAACUCCUCUAUGGCUGGUGAAAGCUCUGUCAAUGCUGUUGGAAGCUCCACUGACACUGGUGAAAGUUCUUCAGAUUGUGCUGGAAGCUCUUCAUCAACUACUGCUGGAAACUCUUCAAGUGCAGCAGGAUCUUCAAAUGAGGCUGAGCCAUCAAGCUCUGGUUUGUACUCAAAUCCUGGGGUUAGAAAGAGCAAGGCUAAAGCAGCAGCAGAAAUGGCCUUGUUGGAUGGAGAAAUGGACACAAGUGAUGAAGAUGAUGAUGACGAGGAUGAAGAUGAUGAUGAAGAAGGAUGGGAAGAUAUGAGUGAUAGUGAGGAUGAUGAUGAAGAUGAUGAAGACGAAGUUAAGGAAGUAAAACGUAAAGGAGAUGGCUCAAAGAUUUUACCUUGGGGCAUGGCUAAAGAAGAGGAACCUGGUUCAGAUAGUGGCUGUACUGCUUGUGUUGUCUUCUUGCAAGGAAAAAAAAUUAUUGUGGCUAAUGCAGGUGACUCUAGAUGUGUCUUAUCAAGGGCUGGCAAAGCAGUUGAACUUUCCUUUGAUCACAAACCUGAGGAUGACUCUGAAAAAUCUAGAAUUGAAAAGGCUGGGGGUAAAGUCACUCAGGAUGGUCGUGUCAACGGUGGCUUAAAUUUAUCAAGGGCAAUAGGGGACCAUGUUUAUAAACAAAACAAAGACUUGCCAGCUAAAGAGCAGAUGAUAACUGCCUUGCCUGACAUUGAAAUGGCAGAGCUAUGUGAUGAUGACCAAUUCAUUGUGAUUGCUUGUGAUGGCAUAUGGAAUUAUCUUUCUAGUCAAGAUGUUGUUGACUAUAUAUUAGAGAAAUUAAAGGAUCCAGAAAAGAGGAAAAAGCCUUCUCUAAUAUGUGAAGAGCUGUUUGAUCAUUGUCUUGCCCCCAACACUUAUGGUGAUGGCACAGGUUGUGACAACAUGACUUGUAUAAUUAUCGUACUGGACACUUACACCAACACAAACAGUAUAUCUAGCACUGAGGCAGCUUCUGACAAGAAGGAAACAAUCUCUGAUGUAAACACUGACAGCCCAUCCUCUAAACAAAAUAAGACAGAUGAUGGCAAUGGAUCAGAUUCUUUAAAAAGAUGUUUAGAUACUGUGGAGUGCCUAAAUGGUGAUGAGGCUCAAACAGAGAAACAAAGUGUCAGCACAUCCCAAAUUUCUGUCAUUUAAAGGAUAGAGUUUGAAAUUCUUCCUUUAAUCAGCCAAAUUUAUUACAUUUACAGCAGCUCUGUUACAAUUUUUAGUUAUUUUUAGAUCAAUUCUUAAGUCAGGGCUGAUUUAAGUAUGUUAAAUAUUUUAGACCAUCUAUAAGUUAUUUAUGUGAAGACUCAGUGAGACUACAAUUUUACCUGACUGAUGCUUUAUUUUGGCAACCUUUAUUUCUAAGCAAGUUCUAAUGUUAGUGGAGCCAAGAAACAGCUGAUGGAUUGCCACAUUAAUAUCUGAUAUGCCACCUUUAACUUGAUAGUUGGGAAGCUAAAACAGUGAUCAACUACUUCACCUUGCCCAAAUAUUUUUCUCUCAGAUCCUUCACAUUGUUGUUUUAAACCACUCACCUGUUGGAGGUUGAAGCAAACAAAUUUGUAUACAGGGUUAUAUAUUUUUGUACGUGAGUUUAAGCAGCUAUAGUUCUGGUUAUGACAGGAGCUGUCAGUGUGUAUGCUAGCCUUUAAGUUAGUAUAGGAUCUUUUAUUUUUGUAAAUGAGUUAAAGCAUUGCCAAUUCUGGUUAAGACCCAGGACUGUCAUGUGUAUACUAGCCUCCAAAAUUGAUGUUCAUUUUUUUAAAGUCCGGUCUUAUAUUUUUAUUUGGAUAUCACGAUUCAGUAAAUGGUGACAGUGAAUUGUCAAUUUAUUAAAAACAAAGUGCACUUUUUUCACUUAUAAUCCAAUAUAUUUUUAUCGAUUGAUUAAAUGUGUUCAGAAUUUGAAAAGUAUGUAAAUAUUUUUCUUUUACAUUAGUAAUAGUGUCAGAAUUCAACAUUGAUGAAUGAACUCUAGUACAACAUAUUAUCAGAUUGAGUUCUAUGGAUUGAAGAAAUGAAUGAUUCUAUUGAGACUGAAUGGGAUGAAUGCAUAUAUUUUGUAUUUCCCAGCAUUGAUUCAAUGUUUGACCAAAGUACAAUUUAUUUCACUAUCAUUUGAAAUAUGUUAGUUGCUUUCUAUAAGAAAGUAUCACAUUUAUUUUCUAUAAAUUAUAUGCCAACAUAAUAAAUUGCACUUUUUCUUUUUGUGUAAAUAAACUUAAAUAUUCUUAUUGCUAGUAAAUGCUGAUUAUUUUUUUUGUAACCAUAUACAUGCAUCAAUUUGAAUGAUAAUGAAUGACCAAAAAUAUCUAUUAAAACAUCUAUUAUGACAAUAUUUUGCAUAUAAAGAAAUUAUUUCUUGUUGUUACUUGUAUUAGAAUCUGCUUAAUGUGAUUUUUUGGUUGUUUUUGUUAAGAUGAGUCAUAAGAUCUAGUAGCUACAGUUAAGGUUGUAACUGUAAAUGCACUUAAUUAAUCAACUAUUUGAAAUUUUUAUCUAACAUCAAAUCUAGUCUUAAGCGUUAAACUUUUGGUGGCAUUAAAUUGUUAAUUUUUUAAAUUUCAAAGAUAAUUUAUUAAUAAAACAGAAAUUUUAUUAUUUUUACAUUCCACUUUUUAACACAGAAAAGCUAGAGGGAAGCAAGAAUUUAAAAAAAAUUAAAAUAACUAUUUUUUAUUGUACUCAAUUAAUGGCAGAAAUUUAGUUUUUGACAGUUUUUCAUUAAAAGUAAUAUUUUGUUAUUUAACUAAAUGUAAUGAAAGCUUUUGAUAAUUAACAUUGUGUUUUAGUUUUCUCACCUCUUUCUUCCAAAAAUGAAUUGUUUUAUUCCCCUUAGAAAGUCUGCCGCAAAGUUUCAUGCAAAAGUUGAUUUAGGUUAAGUCUUGACAUGUCACAUGAAUGCAUUAUUGCCAUUCUUGGUUGAAAACAAUUUGUCUUAUCACUGUUUAAAGUUUGGUUACAUAACCAUUGGAAGAACCAAUUUAUAUGCAAAUUAUAUGACAACUCAAGUUCAUUGAUGCCAAGAUUACAUUUUUCUUAUGGAUUUUUUGGCAUUUUUCAUAUUUGCAUAGAAAUAAUAAAUAUAGCCGUCCCAUGUAGUAAAUCACAUAUUUUUUUGUUGUAUAUUAUCAAAGUGUACAAUAUAAUAGGCGAAGGUUUGAUAGCUGAUGUGUUAACUUAGUGAAGGCUAAAUCUGCUCUCUUGUUGCUUUACUGGAAACAAGUUUGUUUUUUUACUGCUACAUUGUGCUGAUAAACUUUUCAGAUGUAACACUUUUUUUUAUUGGAAAAUUAAAACUGUUCUACACUGAUGUACUUGAUUUGAAAUAUGCAGGCAAUUAUUAUCUUUGUUGAAUUAAAUAAAAAGUUGUAAAUAACACUUGACUUGUA